CGGGAGGCGGAAAGGCGCUGAAUCACCAGCGUCUGUGCAGCCGCAGGGGCAGGCAGGUGUCGCCUGCAGGUGUGCCUCUCAGGUGUCCUGACUGGACACCAGCUUCUGGGCUGUGGGGAGCAUCACGGAGCCUGGAGAUUGCUAGGGAUGGAGUUCUAGAGGCUACAUCUGGCUCAUCCACCGCCAAAGGGAGCCUGCUCCAAAUCCACUGCCCUGGCAGCGUCAUCCUGUGUGAGGCAGAAUGGUGUCCCCAACAGGAGCACUGUCUUCAUUGCUGCUGCUGGCCGCCAUUGCAGGUGGCAGGGGCCAGCAGUGCAGCGAGGGGAGGACUUAUUCCAACGCCAUCAUCUCGCCUAACCUGGAAACUAUCAGAAUCAUGCGGGCAUCUCAAACCUUCUCCGUGGGAGACUGCACGGCAGCUUGCUGUGACCUGCCCAGCUGCGACCUGGCCUGGUGGUUUGAGGGCAGCUGCUACCUGGUGAACUGCGUGCACCAGGAGAACUGUGAGCCCAGGACCACAGGCCCCAUCCGGUCUUACCUCACUUUCGUGCGCAGACCUGUCCAGAAGCCCGAGCAGCUGCUGGACUACGGAGACAUGAUGCUGGGCAGGGGUUCCCCCUCUGGUGCUUGGGGAGACUCCCUUGAGGACCUCAGGAAGGACUUGCCCUUUCUAGGCAAAGAUGGGGGGCCGGAGGAGACUGCCGAGUACUCCGAUGACUACAAGGAACUGGAGCAGGGCCUCCUGCGGCCCUCCAACCAGCAGGACCCCAGAGGCGGCGCUGAGUACCCCGACUGGAGCCUGCUGCCCGGCAGUGAGGGAGGUUUCAAUGUCUCAGCUGCAGAAGACAGCUCCGCUGCUUCCACAGAGAAGCAGAAGGACCCCACACCCCAGCCACUGGACCAGCAGCAGCUGGGGGCCCUGAAUGAGUCCACUUGGUCCCCUACCCCCGGGCACUCAGCAGAAAGCAGUGUGUGGCCCCCCUCUGGGACCAUAUUACCUGCAGGAGAGGGGAUGGACAGAGAGACUUUACAGCUCCAAGAACAACCCAGCAAUAGCUCUGGAAAAGAGGUUCUAAUGCCUUCCCCUAGUCUGCCCUCUGCCAGCCUGGAGUCCAGCCCAGCCACGGUGGAGCAAAGCUCCAUUCUUAUGGUCGCCCCACGGAGCACAGGACGCAGCCCCCCAACGUUUCCCACCACUACAGUUCUCCCUGGGCUGACCCCACCUGCGAGGCCUGUGUCACCGACUUCUUCUCCCAGGACAGUAAAGGCGCUUGCAGUGUCUGCUGGAGAUAACCUUGUGAUAACCUUACCGGACAGUGAAGCAGAACUGAAGGCCUCUGUUGAGCCAGCGCCCCCUGCAGACACAACUUACAGCUAUAAAUGGAGUUUAAUGAGCCACCCUGUAGACUUUCAAGGUAAAAUCAAACAAGAGAACAAGCCAACUCUUCACCUCUCUCAAUUGUCCGUGGGACUCUAUGCCUUCAGAGUAGCUGUUUCUAGUGAGGAUGCAUUUGGAGAAGGCUAUGUCAACAUCACUGUUAUGCCAGCUGCAAGAGUCAACCAGCCACCCACGGCAGUUGUUUCUCCUCAGAUACAGGAACUCACUCUGCCCUUGACCUCAGCCCUCAUCGACGGCAGCCAAAGUACAGAUGAUACUAAGGUAGUGAGCUACCACUGGGAAGAAGUCGACGGGCCCUUCCUCGGAGAGGUGUUUCUGGCUGAUGCUCCAGUCCUACGCUUGUCGAACUUAGAUCCUGGUAACUACACUUUUAGGUUGACCAUCACAGACUCAGAUGGCGCUACUAAUUCCACCACAGCAACCCUCAUCAUCCAUGGUGCCAUGGACUACCCACCUGUUGCCAAUGCAGGACCAAAUCAGACCAUAACUUUGCCUCAAAACACCAUAACUCUGAAUGGAAACCAGAGCAGUGAUGAUCACCAGAUUGUCCUCUAUGAGUGGUCCCCAGGCCCUGGCGGUGAGAGCAAAGAGGUGGUCAUGCAGGGAGCACAGACCCCAUACCUCCACGUGUCUGAGCUGCGGGAAGGAGAGUACACAUUUCAGUUGAUGGUGACGGAUUCCGCAGGACAGCAAUCCGCUGCUCUGGUCGCCGUGAUUGUCCAGGCUGAGAACAACCAGGCUCCGGUGGCUGUGGCAGGCCCCGAUAAGGAGCUGUUCUUCCCGGUGCAGAGCGCUACACUGGACGGGAGCGGGAGCAGCGAUGAUCACGGCAUCGUCUGCUACCACUGGGAGCACAUCAGAGGUCCCAGUGCAGUGGAGAUGGAGAAUGUGGACAAAGCCAUAGCCACGGUCAGCGGGCUGCAGGUGGGUACCUACCACUUCCGUCUAACCGUGAGAGACCAGCAGGGGCUGAGCAGCACAUCCACCCUCGCCGUGGCUGUGAAGAAGGAAAAUAAUAGUCCUCCCAGAGCCCAGGCUGGUGGCAGACAUGUUCUUAUACUUCCCAAUAAUUCCAUUACUUUGGAUGGUUCAAGGUCUACUGAUGACCAAGGGAUUGUGUCCUAUCUGUGGAUCCGGGAUGGGCAGAGUCCAGCUGCUGGCGAUGUCAUCGGAGGCUCUGACAGCAGGGUGGCUCUGCAGCUCGCCAAUCUGGUGGAAGGAAUCUACACUUUUCACCUGCUGGUCACUGACAGUCAGGGGGCCUCGGACUCGGACACAGCCACGGUGGAGGUGCUACCAGACCCCAAGAAGGAUGGCCUGGUGGAGCUGAUCCUGCAGGUUAGUGUCGAGCAGCUGACCGAGCAGCAGAAGGAAACCCUAGUGAGGCAGCUGGCUAUGCUUCUGAAUGUGCUAGACUCAGACGUGAAGGUGCUCAAGAUCCAGGCCCACACGGAUGUCAGCACUGUGAUUGUAUUUUAUGUGCAGAGUGGGCCACCUUUCAAGGUUUUCAGAGCUGCUGAUGUGGUCCGGAAUCUGCACAGGCGGCUCUCAAAGGAGAAGGCAAGCUUCUUACCCUUCAAGGUCUUGAGGAUAGACACAGCAGGUAUAACAAAGCCAAUUAGCAAACGGUUUACCAUUGUGCAAAUGUGUUUAUCACCUACCUCUGGCCUUCUCGUUUUUGCAGAGUGGAGUGUGUUCUACGUGGCAGCGCUGGCAUUGAUCCUGACAGUGCUAACUGGAGCUGUAACUUGGUUGUGCAUCUGCUGCUGCAGGAGACGGAAAAGGACUAAGAUAAGGAAGAAAACCAAGUACAUCAUCCUAGACAAUAUGGACGAACAGGAGAGAAUGGAACUGAGGCCCAAAUACGGCAUCAAGCACCGGAGCACCGAGCACAACUCCAGCCUGAUGGUGUCAGAGUCCGAGUUUGAAAGCGACCAGGACACACUGUUCAGCCGAGAGAGGAUGGAGAGAGGGAUCCUGAAGGGUUCCCUGAACGGCUCUGCCAGAAAUGGCGCUUCCUUCGGCUACUGCUCAAAGGACAGAUAAUGGGCUGUGUGUGGAGGGACCUCUUGGGCCUGUGACUCAGUACCAGACAGUGGGAGUUAAAAUGCAAAACUGACUCCUGCUGGGCACAGCACAAUUAUCAACCCUUCCCAGGGGCCUUGCUCUGUGCUCCACAUAUUUAUUAAAAGACCCGGGUUCUUGGAAUUUUCAAGACAAAAGAAAACACUGCUUAUUCAACUGAUGCUCAUUAAUAGAGAAAAGGGUGCAGAAGACGUCCGCGGAGUGUGCUGAAAACAGUUUUGUGUCUCUGUGCUGGACACUUUAGUAUAUUUAUUGUCCAUGGUGAAAUAAGGCGAACGCUUGUUUAUUUAUAGCCCUGUAGGAAAGACAAGUUAAGCUCUGUAGAAGCUGUGACAGCCUUUAAGAAAAACCUUCCAGAAGUGGCUUCUCAGAGGGGCUGCAGGGUCAGCUUGCAGUUCAGCUAAGAGGCAGGAGCCAUCUGUGUGCAGCGGGCUUCCUGUGUUGACGUGAUGUUCGUGAUGCAGCCAAUUGCUGGCUAGGCUAGAAAUUCAGGAGUUAAGGAAGAGUCAGAAUCCAAGAACAGGAGGCAGUAGAGACGGGAAGGGGAUAAGGACUUGCAGGUUGAACGCUGAAGGUAGCCUUUAAUAUUCUUUUCUUUCUGUCUAUCUCAUUUCUUCUCAUUCUCUCUCUCUCUAAGAAAAAGAAACCACAGUGGGGCUUCUCUCACUUGGUGGACAUUAAAACUGACUGCUUAUGCACUUGACUUUUAUUGAGUAUGUACCUUAGCACUGCCAUAGAAAAGGAGAAGGACUUAGUGACUGUGGACAUAUUCCAAAACUCUGAAAUACGUUCUUCAUGAGGGGAGUGUGGUCAUCAUGCUCUGAGCUCCUACAAAGACUUUCCACAGAAGUAACUGGGUAGAAAGUUCACUGUUUAUGCUUUAAAACGUAUUUAAGGCGCUGGAGAAAUGGUUCUAUCUGCGGCCACUCACUGCUCUUGCAGAGGACUGUGGUUCAGUUCCUAGCACUCAGAUGGUGGCUUACAACUGUCCAUAACUCCAGUUUCAGGGGGGGUCCAGUGCCCUCUUCUGGCCUCCAGCAGCAGCAGGAAUGUACAGAGUUCAUACAUGUAAGCAAAAUAUUCAUGCACAUAAAAUAAAAUCUUAAAACCUUAUCUAAAAUGUAGAGAACUAAGUCUUACUUUAGUUCUUAACACAAAAAGGAAUUAAACCAUAUCCUCUCCUAAAGUGGCACUCAGAGCAAUGAAGUAGAGUUCAUUGCAGCCUGAGAUGUUGAUGGGCUUGUGGUAGUUGCCCAGCUGCCCACAGCCCCGAGGUUGGUAGCCUUGGCAAUGUCCUUGGCAUUCAAAGAGUAGAAGAGCCCAACACUGUAGCCUAGCACCUGGGAAAGGAGAGCAAGGAGGAGCAGUUCAGUGAUAGCCUUGGCUAUGCACUAAGUUUGGAGACAGCCUCGACUACAUGAGACCCGAUGUUAAAGAAUGAAGAAAAAAAAAUCAGGAGAAUUAGAACCAUAACAUAAAUUUUAGUAAUUAUUUGUUUCUGGAAUCUUCUAUUUCUGAACUAUAGGUAAUAGAAAGCUCAAAAAAAAAAAAAAACAUGAGUAAGAGUCCACUGUAUUAUACUUUUCUGGGGAAACAGUUAAAUUAAAAUGUAUAGGAAUGCACUUUUAUUUUAAAGGUAAUUUAUUUGUGUAUGCCUAUAAAUCCUAGUUCAGUGUUAUCUAUAUUAUUAGAGGAAAAGUGAUUUUUUUUUUCAACAGCAGUAUUUAGUUUCAAGAACAGAAUCUUCCCUAUCCUUAGACCAGUAUGACGCUACUUUUUGUGGGGAACUGGACAUUUCUGGCAUAGAGAGUGUGGCCCAAGUUAGAACAAUAGAGUGUAGUAGUGAAGCCUGUGAAGACCUCCUGCUUUAUGUAUGCAUAAGUAUGCAUAAUGUAUGCAUCACUCAUAAUUAGUUGACCUUUGCAAUUAGUCUUGAAAGGAGACAUUCCUACGCCAUAGACACUCACUGGAGGUCCGUGGAGCAUGAGUGCUUUUCCCAGGGUCACAGUCAGCGGUGGAUCUGGAAGUGAUCUGGAAGUCGAGUGCCAAGACCCGCUUUCCAAGCCAUGAAUAAGUCCAGCCUUCAUGUUGGAGGGCAGAUCCUGGUGAGCCUUUCAGACCCCGGAAAGUUCUGUUGCUGGGGCGAAGAAGAAAUCUUUGAGUGUGUCAGAAAGCAAGACCAAGUGGGAGAACAUGGACCUAGACCCUUCCACUGGGACCCACUCUGAACUACCCCUCCCUCGAGGUUUUCAACGUGUGUGCUGGUUCUGUCCUUGGCUAUCUCAGCUGGGCCCCUCUGAUCCAUAAACCACAAAAGAACCUUGAAUCUAUGGCAAACCAGAAAUAAACGUCACAAUGGUUACUGGAAAAUGAA